UCUGACAUACGCGGCGGCCGCAGUCGCGAUAGUGAAUGUGCCGACGCCGCACAAACAGUAUGCGCACACGAUGAACACCGUCCGUUCGUGUCUCGCCACCACCGUCGCGUUUCUCGUUGUCGCGAUCGGCUGGUGGGCAGCCGACGCUGUGGUCUGUUGCAAAAGUAGUUCAGUCGCGACUGUCGGCGAAGACGUCAUUGCGUCUUGCCAGAACAAAAAUCGGACGUUCCACAUGGUCGAGGCGAUCGGUGGUGGCACGUGCGAUGACAACCGGACGGCUGUGCCGGUCCGGAAGUGCUGUCCGCUUGGCCAGACGUACGAUCUGAGUUUGGACUUCUGCAAACCAGCUGAGUUGGACGGCGACGCGCAAAGCCGGCGGAUGAUGCAGAAACUGAGGGACGUAUCCCGGGAGUUGGACGAUGCAGUGAUGGUGGGUUACAAUUAUGGGCAGCCACUGUGCGACGCCGGGUACGUGCUAAUUGACCUGCCCAUCAAGGAGCUGCUGAUGGAAAGUUACCGAUCAGGCUUCGGGUUUCUGCCGGGCUCCUGCUUUGACCUGACGCCAUCCGAUGAGCUAGUGGCUCUGACGUGCCGUACACGUGACCUGUACUGCGGCCGCGGCCGUUACAAGUGCGUCCCCAAGUGCUGCAAGCACAACCAGAUGAUAGUCGACGCCCCCAAUGGUCCACAGUGCAAGCAGAGCAUGCAGUCGUUUAAGAAGUACACAUACGAAAAAUACUAUAUGUUGAAAGAAAAGAACAAAACGUUGCUGCCGUACCAUGUAGAAUUCAGUUGUUUACAUGGGGGCAUAAAUAGACAGUGGUUCAUUUUGGCCACUGAUGGUAGACUUUACUUUGUUUUCGAUGACCUGUUCAUACCGGACACGGAAUACUGCGUGGAUUAUUCACCGGUGGACAACAAUAUUGUGGCGUUGGUAUGCAACGAUGACCCCAUGUUUGUUAUCACGCGUCCUGGCAAUUCUAUUCCAUUAUUCUAUCGGGCAAGUUACGUGGCGUCUGUCGUGUGCUUGGCGCUCACACUGCUCGUGUACAACACACUGCCCAGCCUCCGGAACGUCAGCAGCUACUACGUCAAGUGCUACGUGGGCCACCAGUUAGUGUCGCACGUCUGCGGAAUUGUCCAAAUGAGUAUGAAAAACAUAAAAGGCGAUGCGUGCCUUAUAUUCGGUUAUAUUACUUUAUUUGUAUUUCUGUCAACAUUAUGCUGGUUAAACGUAAUAUUCUUCGAUCUUAACUGGGUGAUAAGGUGCAACAUGUCAACAAACAGAAGUACAUCAACAUCAAUACGUACCAUCAUGUACCAUGUUUACUGUUGGGGAAUUUCAAGUAUUAUCGUAUGUACUGGUUUUUUUUCUAACCAAGUAAGACUUUCGAUGAGCAUGUAUGGUUGCCUUUUCUUCCGUAAGUUCACACAAUUAUUUUAAAAAAAUUAAUUUUGACAUUUUUGUUUGAUAUGAAUAUUGUAAAGUUUAGCUCAGGGUACCUGUUAAUAUUUUAUGACUACAAUAUAAUGUAAUCAUAGGAAUUUCCAAGAUUUUACUUUAGGUGCAGCUCAUUUAAUUAGGUACACAUUUAAUACAAAAUACACAUGGACGGUAUUUUGUUAAAAGGGCGUUUACCACACAAAAUCUAAAAAUAUGUUUUUGUUACCUAAAUUUUCAAAAAAAUCACGAGCAUACUCUGGUAUAACGGCGUAUACAUCUACUGAAAAAUAAGAUAGGAAUACCGAAUACAAGAUAAGCAGACGCCCUUUUAAAAAUUAAAAUAAUCUACACAGAACUGUUGAAAGAGCUUAUACUACACCGAAUGUAUGCUAAUUGUUUACAAUCUUCACAGUCUAUAAAAAUAAUUAUGAUUAUUGGUAUUUGUAUAUUACCAGAUUGAACAAAGUGGUUUUACUAUAUUACACACUGAACAUCACUUGUAUUGGUAACACUUGAUAACAAAUGUCCCUCCAAUUUCAUAUUAUCAGUUAACAAUAGGUCGGAAAGUUAGUAGAUACAAUAUAGGGCGUUUGUAGAAAUGAAAUUGUUAAAAUGGCUUAUACCACUAUUAAAGGUAAUAUGUUUUUAGAAGGGCGUUUAUAAAAUUUAAAUUGUUAAAAGGGCCUACACCACAUACAUUUUUUUUUAUGAAUAUAACAUAAAAUAUAUUAUAUUUAGUUUAAGCAAUUUAAUAAGCAAUUUUAGUUCUAUGGAGUCUCGUGUUUAAUACAAUAAAUAAAUGAAUGUUCUAUCUUAAAUAUCAGUUUUAUUUGCUUCCUGAAAAAGUAAAAUUUAGUAUACGCCCUUUUAACAAAAUACCGUCUACAUAACUACAUUCCUAGAUUUGGAUAGGUCAGUCGAACAUUCGAGAAAAUCUCGAAGGGCUGCUAACAUUUUGGGCUGGUAGGAUAAAAUGGCCGCAAUGCCGCAUUACAAUUUUUAUGAUAGCUAUAUAAUAAUAGUAUACUAUCAAUAAAUGCGUUAACGUCAUUAUUAUUUAUUAAUAUUAAUAUGUUGCUAAUAUAUAGCCUAUUGAGCCACUAUAAUAAACUAUGAGCUGGUAGGAAAAUAUUUUUCGAAGAGUCAAGACUACCCAAUCCGUAAUUAUAAGUCCAAAAUUGAAUGAAUUGUUUUUGACAAAAGUAAAAAGUCUGGACUUGUUAUACUUGACCGCUUAACAUUUUGAUAAUGUUAAAAUAUUUAUUAUAUGUCUCAUUAGUUUAGGACUUAUUAUAUAUUGUGUGCGUUAAAAACGCAAAAUUUGAAUAUGAAUAAAAACAUGUUUUAAUAAUUAUGAUAUUGAUUUAUAAUGUUUUAUCAAAUCAGAAAGACGACCCAGAUUAACCCAAUAGACUUAUGAAACGAUUUUGAGAAAAAUUGGACCUACACCUUAUUUUAGCCUCUUAGCCAUCAAAUUGACAAACGUUUGACCGCUGCACAUGAAUUGCGUCCCAAAUAUAUUUAACGACUACACGAAUUGCGUCCCAACCAUAUUUAACAACUACCCGAAUUUCGUCCCAACGUAAGAAAAAUAUUUUCCUUCUCAUUUCAUACAGACUUAGGACUAUCGAUAGCAAAUUACGACUAUCGGUAGGUUAAAAAUAUUGUUUUUUUAUCAUUGUUAUGCAAUUAGAUGUAAGUAAAAUAAAAUGUGUAGGCUAAUAAUAUAAUAAUAA